AUGUCGCAUGAAAAAUAUAAAGUCAACCAUAAGCGUAAAGAUACAGACAGCCAGCUUGAGCGCGUGCUACUAGCGUUUUCCGGUGGAAUCUCAUCUUUGGUUUUGUUGGACGUUUUGGCCAAUUUACUCGUGGAGCAAAGAAGUUCGCAUCGCGGCUUACAAGGAUUCGAAUUGGUGGUUGUCAAUUUGAACGAGUUUGAGUUGAAAUCGUUGAACAGGAAAGUGGCAGAAUGUCUAUCGGAUCUCGUGGGACUAUACCCGCUGGUUGACUUGGAGGUCAAACUUGUCUCGCUUGAAUCUUAUGCUGACACCUCGAGUUUCAGCUCCAUCACUGUUGACCAGGCAUUCAACACCUCCCUGUUGAACCAGGUCAAAAAUGGUCAAACUAGCUUGGUGGAAAUCAUACGGAACUGCCCGAACAAGUCAUCCUCGGAGGAUCUAUUAGAGAUUGUCAAGCAUCAGCUCAUUUUGCACACCGCGGCCCGCGAGGAGUGCAACACCGUCGUUUAUGGACAUUCAAUGACAAGACUCGCUAACGAAGUACUUGCGUUGACGGUGAAAGGGAGGGGAUCUGCAGUGCAUCGCGAUAUAAUGAAUAGGGCCGAAGCGUGCCAGGGCAAGGAAAUCAGCAUCAUUUAUCCCUUCCGCGACCUCUUGCAAGUCGAGUUGGAGGAAUACGCCAAACUUUCUGAUUUAACCAGAUUUGAAGUGAAAUCGACAGUCGCCACGUCCAAAAUCUCGAAAAACAUGUCUGUGAGGGAGAUACUUGCCAACUACCUCGCCGGCCUAGAUGACUCAGGAUACUUGUCAUCAGCGUCGACGGUGGUUAAAAUUGCCGAAAAAUUGGGAGCACCUGCUCCCCAGGUGGCCGAUAGAUGCCAGGUUUGUGAGACAAACAUAUACAAAAAUCCAAAGGAGUGGCUCACAACGAUUACCGUUAGUGAACCUGCUGCUUUUGAAUCUGAAGAGGAGAAGGAGUAUUUGGAGGAGUAUUUACGAACCACCAAGCCAGCAAACCACAAUAGCUCCGGCUCUCCCAUUGACCUAUGCUAUGGUUGCAUUGUUGCGCUCAACGGCGUCGGCAAUCACAGCGGAUUUGUCUGGCCUAUACGACCCAAAGUGAAGCUUCAGUAUGAAAAUCACGCUCAAGAGAAAGCAGCAAUUCUUGAUGAGUACCUUCUCACUGAUGAUGAAGGUAAUGGUGAUGAUACCGUGUAG